AUAAAAGUUACCAAUACAUUUUCAUAGAGUGAGUCUUGUUCACCUAUUUUAGAUAAGUUAUAAAAAAAUUAAUUUUUUGGAUGGGAUUUGGAAAAAGUGGGGAUUCGAAAUAGUCAAAACGUUAUUACGACCGUUUUCAACUUUUCAUAAACGGCUACAACAUUGUUAAUCGUUCCGAAGGAAGGAUUAUCCAAGGCCCAUGCGCACAAGCGUAAAGUAGCAGUCUCAGCGCAAAUUCCUCUAGUAGUGUUCAUUCACAACAGAGGUUGGAAACGCGAACACUUUCCUUUUCUGCUUUUUCAGUAUACUUUCAUUAUUAAUUCUCCAACCAAAAAAAGCUUUCUAGCAUAAAACCCUAGAUCUCCAUUUCUCCAUAAAUUACACUCAGCUGCUUAGAUCUUCACCAUCUAGUUUACCGCUACAAAAUCUAUAAGUUCAUCUUAUCUAAUCGACGUGAAAAAACACUAGAAUGUGAAGAGAGUGAAGUCUAUUUUGAAUUAUUUAGAGUGAACUAGUUAUGGAGACUCGGUUACUGAUUUGUCUAGUAAUGACUGCUCUUGUUCUUACUGAUUUGAGUGAAGUAGUUGUCGCUGCUACUUUUACAUCGAAGCUUAUUCAUAGAUUCUCUGAUGAAAUGAAAGAAUUUAGGGUUUCUAAAAAUGGGGGAGAUAAAAUGUUAAGUUCAUGGCCGAAACGUAAGAGUUUAGAUUAUUAUCGGUUAUUAGUGGGUAAUGAUUAUCAGAGACAGAAUAUGAAACUUGGAGCUGAAUAUCAGUUCUUGUUUCCAUCUCAAGGGAGUAAAACUAUUUCCUUUGGAGAUGACUUUGGCUGGUUACAUUAUACAUGGAUUGAUAUUGGAACACCAAAUGUUUCAUUUCUUGUUGCUUUGGAUGCUGGUAGUGAUUUGCUAUGGGUUCCAUGUGAUUGCAUAGAAUGCGCUCCACUUUCUGCUAGUCACUACAGUAGUCUGGAUAGAGAUUUGAGUGAGUAUAGCCCAUCUGAGUCAAGCACCAGCAAGCACGUAUCUUGCAGCAAUGAGUUGUGUCAGCUGGGUUCCAAUUGCAAAACCCCAAAGCAACCCUGUCCUUAUAUUGCUAACUAUUAUUCAGAUAAUACCUCGAGUUCUGGGUUGCUAGUCGAAGAUACACUACACUUGGCCUCAAGCAGUGGUCAUGCAUCAAAGAGUUUGGUGCAAGCUCCAGUCAUCAUAGGGUGUGGUAGAAAACAGAGUGGUGUAUAUUUGGACGGAGUUGCUCCUGAUGGUGUAAUGGGAUUGGGACUAGGGGACAUUUCAAUUCUAAGUUCUCUAGCAAAAGCUGGAUUGGCACCAAACUCUUUCUCAAUGUGCUUUGAUGAUGAUGAUUCUGGUCGAAUUUUCUUUGGGGACAAAGGAGCUGCAUCUAAAAAAUCCACAUCUUUCUUGCCAUUGGAUGGGAAAAUUGAUGCCUACAUGGUUGGAGUAGAGGGUUGUUGCAUAGGGAGUUCUUGUCUGGAGCAAACUAAGUUCGAAGCACAGGUUGAUAGUGGCACGUCAUUCACGUUCCUUCCAAAGAAAGUAUAUGGGGAAGUCGUCUCGGAGUUUGACAAGAAAAUCAGUACUGAAAGGUCUAGUUAUGAAGGAUCCCCUUGGGAGUAUUGCUACGAGACCGGUUCAGAGGGGUUGCACAAGAUUCCUACCUUGUCUUUGAUGUUUCCUCAUAACAACAGCUUUGAGGUCCACAAUCCUGUUUUUCUUAUCUACGAAAAUGAGGAGGUUACUGGCUUUUGUUUGGCCAUACAACCAUCAGCAAUAAAUUACGGCAUCAUUGGCCAGAACUUUAUGACGGGUUACCGUGUAGUGUUUGACAGGGAAAAGUUGAACCUGCACUGGUCACGUUCCAAUUGUCAAGAUCUCAGUAAUACAGAAGGUACCUCCUAUCAAGAUAAACCAGAGAACCCAUUACCAACAAAUGAGCAGCAGAGUACAGGUGGCGGUAAACAUGCAGUUGCUCCUGCGGUUGCUGGCAGAACUACUACUCCCUCAACUGCCUCAAGAUGGUUUAUGAACAAAUUGCAGUUACCUGCCCAAUUGAGCUUAUUACUUCUCGUCACUUCCCUCUUGCGUUCAGUAAUCUAAGUUAGGCAAUAUUUUCUCUUAGAUUCUAUCUAUGUAUAGAGAGAUAGUAUGCCUGUAAAUGUUUUUAAUCUUGUCAAAGCUUUUCAUGUUAUCCAAUAUAGGGUUUUUUUGUUUCCCUUUCAAUAGUCAUUGGAUGCAUUGGAGUUCGUGGAGAAUACUUGGGGAUGUUUACACUCACAUUUUGGUUUCGCUAUAGUUUUGAGUUUGCUAUCCUUGUAAAACCGUAGGUUGUGUUACUGAGCUGUUUCACAGUAUGUUGGGCGUAGUGAUGCCGUUGUAUCUGUAACUUGACACAUGAAUAUUCUCUGGUUGGAAUUAUGAUUUUUCUUCUUUUUUUUCC